CCUGGCCAGCGAUGAGACAGUGACUGGAGGUGAGCAGCUCGGCUCCUGGAGGAGGAGGAAGCUCUGACCUUUGCAGACCCCCUUCUCCUCCUUAUGGAAAGUGUCAGGCCAGGCAUGGGACCAUUGGAGGGAGCCAACAGCACAUUCACUGUGGAGAAGAUAGCAUUAGAUGAGAAGCUGCCACAUGGCUGGCAUGCCAAGGACUUUGUCACUCCUACCCAGGAUCUCUCUGGGUCCCGCAGUGUCAUGAUGGACAGCACCAAGAUCCUGGGGGUCCAGGUCAUCCUGAUUGCUGCCUACUCCCUCAUCAUUCUGCUGGGGUUCAUCGGAAACUCACUGGUCAUCUACAUCAUAGUGAAGUACAAGACCAUGAGGACUGUCACCAACUUCUUCAUAGCUAACCUGGCCCUGGCAGACCUGAUGGUGGACACACUCUGUCUGCCUUUCACCCUAGUGUACACCCUGCUGGACGAGUGGAAGUUUGGAGCUGUCCUUUGUCACCUGGUUCCUUAUGCUCAAGCUCUGAGUGUCCAUGUGUCCACUCUCACCCUGACUGUGAUUGCCCUGGAUAGGUACCGCUGCAUUGUUUUCCACCUGGACAGCAGGAUUUCCAAGAGGCUCAGUUUCACCAUCAUAGCUGUCAUGUGGCUGGCAGCAGCUGUCCUAGCAGGGCCUCUGGCCAUCUUCAGGGAGUACCGAUACGAGGAAAUCCCGUCCAUUAACCUCAAAAUGGCAGUUUGCUCAGAAAAAUGGCCCUCUGCUAACAACAGAGAUGCCACCAUCUACAGUCUGUCCAUGCUCCUCCUGCAGUAUGUUCUUCCUCUUGCAAUUAUUUGUUAUGCCUACACCAGGAUCUGGUUCAAGCUGAAAAACCAUGUCAGCCCCACUUCUAGGAAUGAAAACCAGUGCCGGAGGAGGAAGACAACCAAAAUGCUCGUGAUGGUAGUUGUGGUAUUCGCAGUCUGUUGGCUCCCCUUCCACAUAUUCCAGCUUGCCAUUGAUCUUGAUCUGGUUCUUAUUUUCCAUGAGUACAAACUCCUGUACACUGUCUUCCAUGUCGGGGCCAUGUGCUCUACAUUUGUCAACCCCCUGCUCUAUGGAUGGAUGAACAAGAACUACAGGAAUGGCUUCCUUAUGUUCUUCCGUUGCCAGAACAAGCCCGAAAGCAUCCACACUGAAGGCUCAGUUAGAGGGAGGUCUUACAUCUUCAGGGCCAACACCCUAAAUGGGAGCUUCAAACAGACUCCUGGCGAUGGAGCACUACCCACAGAGGUUUAGAGAUGGGACAUCCACCUCCAGGACUGAGGCUGGCUGGGCCCAGAGACAUUCUUGGGUGAAUGCCUUUUUUUGACAGAACAUUGUGCUGCCAAUUAUAGCUACAGCAGCCAUGUAGAAAUACGAAAUACCCCCUGUAUCUCUCAAAACAAUAAA